AAUCAUGAAAUAGUAAAUGGCGGCUUAAUCAAAUGGUGAAGACUACGGUACCGAAGACUACACUGCAGCUCUCGCUCGGUCUCAUACGGAGAUACCGGAAUUCUGAUGUCUGGACAUGUUUGUAUGGAAUAUGCAAUGGAUUUCUAUUUCUCCAAAGUAUUUACCUUGAUUUACCUUGAUGUUGGGCAUAAAGUAUAGGAGACUUAUUUGCCCCUCUGCAUCUUCUUAGAACUUGUCCUCAGUUAUAUGGCAAGAUCAAAGUCCUUCCGUCAACAAAUCUUGUGCAUCCGCAAGCAACUUAGUCUGUUAUGGAACCUGUAUCGCUUUUAAUUUGUCAGGAUUCGUGGUACAGUGAUCUGUGAAGGCAAUACAUUUCCAGUAUUUUACUUCUACAAAUUGCAUUGGAAUGCAUAGAAGACAAAUGAAAUGAUAAAUUCCACCACCGAACAGUCCGCGUGAGCUGGGGUACAUUGUAGUUGGCAGAAUUAUUUGGGUUAUACCUGGACAUUUAAGGAUUUCCCAUCCAAUGUUAAUUUGGACGAAUUGCUUGAGGAUAUCUUUGUGCACCUACCUCACUAUGGCACGGGGACAUGCAACCAAGGUUCUGAAUGUAGCUGAGAAGAAUGAUGCUGCCAAGUCAAUUGCUGAUGUCAUGUCUAGGGGCAGAUACAAUAGGAGAGAGGGUUUCUCAAAGUUCAACAAGAUAUAUGAAUAUGACUACAGUCUACUGAAUCAACAAUGUGAAAUGACCAUGACAUCUGUCUCGGGGCAUCUCUUGAACUAUGAAUUUGCUCUAGCCUAUCAGAAAUGGCAUUCAUGCAACCCAGUAGCCCUCUUUGAUGCCCCUGUGCAGAAAGGCUGUCCAGAUAACUAUAGAGAUAUCAAGAGAACUUUAGAGAGAGAAGCAAGAUCUGCUGAUGUCCUUGUCAUAUGGACUGAUUGUGAUAGGGAAGGGGAGAAUAUCGGCUAUGAGGUCAUUGAUGUCUGCAGAGCAGUAAAACCCAGACUAGAUGUGUACCGAGCAAGAUUCUCAGAGAUCACUCCGCAAUCAAUCUCCCGUGCCUGUGCAAACCUUGUCAGACCUGAUGAGCGUGUCUCACAAGCAGUGGAUGUCAGGCAGCAGCUUGACCUUAGGAUAGGUGCUGCUUUCACUCGAUUCCAGACCCUACGUCUUCAGAAAGUCUUUCCCGAUCUUCUGCAGAAUCAGCUCAUCAGUUUUGGCUCCUGCCAGUUCCCUACUCUAGGUUUUGUUGUGGAGCGCUACAAGCAGGUUGAAGCCUUCAUUCCAGAGACAUUCUACAAGAUCAAAGUAACUCAUAAGACUGAAGAUGGACUAGUAGAAUUUUACUGGAAGAGGCAUAGGUUAUUUGAUCAGCUGGCCUGUCAAGUCUUCUAUGAAAUCUGCACCGAGAACCCUCUUGCAACUGUAGUUGAUGAGCGUAGUAAACCAAAGAGUAAAUGGAGACCACUACCCCUUGAUACUGUGGAACUUGAGAAGCUUGCUGCCCGUAAACUGAAGAUCAGUGCUCAGCAAGCCAUGAAGAUAGCUGAAAAACUCUAUACUCAGGGAUUCAUCAGCUACCCCCGUACAGAAACCAAUAUAUUUCCUAAGGAACUCAAUCUAGUACCACUGAUAGAGAAGCAGACACAGGACCCUCAGUGGGGAGGUUUUGCAGGUAACCUCCUCCAGCAAGGGCCAAACCCACGGCAGGGUAAGAAGACCGACCACGCCCAUCCCCCAAUCCACCCUACCAAGUACUCUGGUACACUACAGGGCAAUGAACAGAGGGUCUAUGAGCUAGUAGUAAGACAUUUCCUCGCUUGCUGUUCACAGGAUGCCCAAGGGAAAGAGACCAUUGUCAAUAUAACGAUCGCUGAAGAGGAGUUCACUGCUACUGGACUUAUGAUCAUAGCUAGGAACUACCUGGAUGUCUACCCGUAUGAUAAGUGGAACGCCAAGAUCAUCCCAGUUUAUGACAGAGGACAAACCUUUGAACCAACUUCAAUUGAGAUGGUUGAUGGUCAAACUCAAGCCCCUCCCCUUCUCACUGAAGCUGAUCUUAUUACUCUCAUGGAUAAACAUGGCAUUGGCACUGAUGCAACACACGCAGAGCACAUCGAGACCAUCAAGUCUCGGCUGUAUGUAGGAGUGCGUCCCGACGGCCGCUUUGUGCCCGGGGAGCUCGGCAUGGGAUUGUGUGAAGGCUAUGAUAACAUGGGCUACGAGCUGUCUAAACCGAACCUCAGAGCAGAACUGGAAUCAGAUCUUAAAAGAAUAUGCGAUGGACAGAAGAAUCCGGAUGAUGUUCUUGCUCAACAAGUUGAGAAAUACAAGCAAGUUUUCAUAGAGGCUGCAAGAAAGGCCACCAUGUUAGACAGUGCAUUAGAACAGUAUUUGGGCCAGCCUGCUCAGUCACACAAUGCAACAACAUUACAGGUGAGUGCGCCCUCCAUUGUCAGGAAAUGUCCGCACUGUAACGAGUCAAUGACCCUGAAGGAGAGGAAAGCCGGUGGAUGGAUGGUCAGCUGUAUGGGGUACCCAGGAUGCAAAGCGGCCGUCUGGUUCCCGGCUGUCAUAGAGUCUGCCGAGGUUUCCGAUACCGUCUGUCAACAGUGUCGGCCUGGACCAGUCAAUAAGAUCAAGUUCAAGUUCAAGAGAGGAUCUGUACCUCCUAUGAUACCACUUGAAUAUGAAGGAUGUAUCGGAGGGUGUGACACAACACUCAAAGAUGUCUUGGAUCUCAAUCUAUCUUACCUUAGACCAAGAGAUCAGAAUAGUCAGGCUCUUGGCAACAGAACUGUAAACAGAGGGGGAGGUGGUGGCGGCGGCGGAAGAGGAGGUGCUGGAGGAGGAGGUGCAGGAAGAGGAGGAGGAGGAGGUCUAGGAAGAGGGGGAGGAGGUCUAGGAAGAGGGGGAGGUACAGGUGGAGGAUUUUUGAACAGCACUGGAAGAGGAGGAGGAAGAGGUGGAUUUGUAGGUGGAAGCUCUAUAGACAUGGAUGAUGAAGCUUCACAUUGGUUUGACUCUGGUAGUGCUCCGUCGUCAUCUUCAUCAUCUACUAGAAAUGGACAGUUUGGAAACUCGAGAGGGGGAAGAGGAGGGGGUGGGGGUGGAGGAGGAUGGAAUAAUAAUUCUUCCUCAUCAAGAUCGUACUCUACAUCCUUUGGAAAUGAUACUGCAAGGACCCCUUUAGCUCAAAUUUCAGCAAGGAAUGGUAAUAAAAACAGUGGAAGUACAAGUAAUGCUGUGGUGUGUAGCUGUGGUCAAGAUGCUGUUCAACUCACAGUGAGGAAAGAGGGUCCUAAUCAAGGUCGACAGUUCUUCAAAUGCCAAUCAGGAGGAUGCAACUUUUUCCUCUGGUCUGAAGAAAACACGGAGAACACCUCAACACCAGGGCCGGGCAAUACAAGCUGGAACAACUCAAGUCCCUCCUUCGGUGGUGGCUUCGACACCCCUGCCACUGGCAGGGUGAGUGAUCGAUCCAGUGGCUAUGGUUCUGGUGACCAGGGUUCUUCCACUAAUGUGUGGGGGGAGGUUAUGUGCCAGUGCAAUGAUGCUGCAGUACAACGAACUGUUCAGAAGGAGGGUCCAAACCAAGGUCGUCAGUUCUAUGUGUGUGGUAAACCAAGAGAGAAGCAAUGUUCAUACUUCCAGUGGGCUGAUGAAGAACCAAAGACUGGUGGAGGGGGAGGUGGCUUCCGUGGGGGCUCUAGAGGUGGCAGAGGAGGAGGAGGAGCAGGUAACAGGUCAUCUUCAUUCCAAGGUGGUCGAGGUGGAAGAGGGAGAGGAAGAGGCGGAGGAGGAGGAAGUGGUGGUGGUGGUGGUGGAGGUGGGCAGAGCAAGAGAAGGAAACCGACAUGCAGUUUGUGUCAUGAAGAAGGUCACACCAAACGAUCAUGUCCACAGAAAUGAGUCUCCAGAUACAGAAUGAGGGACAACUCUGGAAAAUAGAAAGCAGUCAGUACUAUUACAGCCUUAAAGACAAUACAGAUUUUAAUUCAUCUUAUUGUGUAUAGUAUCCAUGUCAGUUCUGUUGACCAUUUGAGAUACUUUUUAUGUACUAUGCUUUGCAACUAAUGACGAGUCUCGCAGCAUGUGUAAUUCUUGCUUUUUGUACAUUGACUCCUCAUUUCAUGAAGUUUAUAGCUGUGAGGUAAAAUUAAUGUAAUAAUGUAAAAUUAUUUGAAUAUUGAUAGCACAUCUAGAAAUUUGAAUAACAAAUUAUGAGAUAUAUGCUGUGCUAUAUAUCACCAUAAAUGAAAUCAGGUUUUCAUUAUAUAUUAUCUUAAUUGUAAGGGUGAGAAGUCAAUAGUCGGUACUUUAAGGAUGCAAUUAUAUUGAUAUAGUAAAUCUUAUAUAUUAAUCUUGCUGUCAAGAAGAAAAACAAAGUUUUCCUAACAAGUUAAUCCAAAACUGUCUUUAUUAGGUCUCUAGUGAUAAUUGCCCAUUUUUGGCCAAAUUCUGUUUUGGCCAACUCUACCGGUAGCCAAAAUGAGUAGAUUCUACUCUGUUAGUCUACAUCAUGAAGGAGUAUAAGACGUUAUUCAUAAAGGGACUGGGCUAUUUUGGAGGUAUUGGGAAUGGCAGGGAGGGGGGGGGGGGACAUUAUACCCCUCCCCCUUCUGAUCUAGACUACUGCCAUUCACAUUUAUGAAAUUGUUGGCUUUCAGUGUUCAACAAUUUUAGCUGUUGAUCAAAUGAAACUCACUCCAUGAGAGAAUGGACAUUUGCUUUUUAAAAAUCUGGAUAUUUAUCAUGUAAUAUCAGGGUGGAAACCUUGACCAUAUAAAGAAUAGAGUACUUGAAGGACGAUGAAAUUACCUCAUUAUUUACCCUAUUUUGCAGUUAAUGAAGGAAUGGUGUUUUAGUCUUGUGCUAAAUCAGAUUUUCAGUCCUUUUAAUUUGCAUCAGCUGAUAUUUGAAAAUUAGCUAAUAAUGAUAAUAAUAUCCCGCAUUUAUAUAGUGCUUAUCUAAUCGCUUUACAGAUAUAUUAUUACCCUGGUCAUCGGAUCCUUGCAGCUAGGUAUAUAAAAUUCUUGAUGUUAAAAGGUAUGUCAAAAAAAUAUGUUAUCUUCUCUGGUUAGACAAAGAGGCAUUAUAAAAAAUUAUUAUCAGAUCAUGGAUAUACAAACAGUUCCCUGAUUAUACAAAAAAUAAAACUAAACAAAGUCAUGAUUGGGUUAUUUUCUAAAUACAAAAAUUGUAAUGACUUUUACUACAAUUGUCACAUCUUGCUUAGAUAAUUGUAAUUCCCUUCUCUUUGGUCUUUCCACAAAAUUGACCUCAAAGCUCCAGCGCAUCCAAAACACUGUGGCUCGUCUUUUUUUCCUGUGUCCCUCGUUCUUCCCACAUUACUCCUGUGCUUCGUAAACUCCAUUGGCUUCCUAUUCUCGUAUCACCUACAAAUACUUCUUGCUUUCAAGUCAUAUCGUGGUAUAGCUCCUUCAUACCUGUCUGAACUCCUUCCUCGAUAUCAAACUGUUUGAGUUCUAUGUUCUGCUUCUCAAUCUCUUCUUUCUUGAUCUCAUACUUCUUUAUACAAACAAUACGGUCAACGUUCUUUCUCUUAUGCAGCUUUUUGUUUCUUUGGAACAAUCUCCCCCUACAAAUUUGCAAUGCUAAGUGUGUUAAUACAUUUAAAGUUAUGCUUAAAACUCAUCUUUUUAAAUCUCAAAUUGAUCAUGUCAUUUGUUUGUUGGCCAAUUUGAAAUGGUAUUUCUUAUUCAUGAUCUGGUGAGGACUAGUUGUAAUUUGUAAUAUUAGUUUUGAUACAUUUUGUAGUGCAAAUUAUUUCUAUUUCUCUUCAUAUUUCCUUUCUCUUAACCGCUUAGAGGCAAUUUGCGGUAUGUAAAAUGAUUAUUAGUAUUAUUAUAUAAACCAUUUUGAGUAUUUUAGUGCACUGUGAUGGGUAACUGAAACAUGUAUUCUGUGUAAAGUUAUUUCACUGUAUAUGUAUUUCAACAUGUAAAUCAAACUAUCUUAUAAUUUGAUAUCUUGUGUAUAUGAAAGCACACAUUUCAUGUUUUGUACUGAUGAUUAAAGUGCAAUUGAUAUUUCAAUCAUUAA